AUGUUGACGAAAGUUUGUUCCAUCAGUACAGAAAAGGAAUGCACAUCCAGUCAAAUGAGAACAACAGCUGGCAACAACAAUGGCACUGACUAUGCAUCAAGAAAUGUUUUCUUCAGCCUAGGUCUAAGCGAAGGCUCUCAAACACCAUCCAUCUCACUACCGUCUAUCAUUGCCCUCGCGAUGAAUGCCAAACUACAAGUAGAACAACAGGAACUACAAGAGGUCGACGCCGAUCGUAUCCGGACAGAAAUUAGGAAUAGCGGAAACACUUCAUUCGGUACCGGAAAGUAUUCCUUGUACGGGCUCCGGUCUCACAUCACCGGAGUCUCUACUGCUCAACACCUCGCCACAGUGCAACCGUGCGUCACCGAAGCCAUCUUGGUUGGAGCACUGGACAAACACGAGAAAUUGCGAAUCUCAUGAGGAUACAGGACGUUGAGUUCUCUGAGGGACUAUCUCGCUCACCGGUCAGCUGCCCUUCGUGGUACAGCACCCAGAAUCCUGUAGUCAUCAAGGAACUUACUAAGAUAUUUACCUGGCUAAAUUUCUUAGCCUUCUCUCUAAAGCAAAUCGAUCUCGGUGGACUUCCCGCUCACCACCGGAAGCAAGCCUACCGAGAAGUAAUCUGCACACAGUUGAACUCAAACAGCUGAGUGUCAAUUAGGGCUGUAGAAAUACGGCUUCCGGUCAUUCUAAAAU